AGAGGAUUUUGUCAUUCGAGGUCACGACGCCAGGGGGCGCAAGCGGCUCUUUCAGGCUUUUUACCACGAAUUACCCGCGCAGCUCGCGUAAGGAGAAACCCUCGGCGCUACCAUGAGUCUAGACGUGAAGAAACUGAAAGUGAACGAGCUGAAGGAGGAGCUCCAGCGCCGGGGCCUGGACACCAGAGGCCUGAAGGCUGACCUGAUGGAGAGGCUGAGAGCCGCUCUGSAGGAGGAAGAAGCCCAGGCGGACGCCUCGGAGGAGCAGGCUGGGGAGGGCGAGUACAGCCAGGACCACCAAGGAGAGGAGGAAGAGGAUGUUCAGGAGCAACAAGAAGCUCAGGUAGGAGACGAGGACGGCGGUGAUGGAGAGGCCCCUCAAGGAGGAGAGGAGGAAGAAGAAGACGAAGGCAGAGAUUCGGGCGGUGACUUUGAGGAAAAGGAGCCGGAAGGCGAGCCCUACGAAAGUCAGGAAACCUCAGACUCGGGUCACGGCAUGCCCGACUUCACAGCAGACGACGAUCUGCAAAAAUCCGACGGAUUGUUCGCGGCGGAGACCAAGCCCAUUCUGACAGAGACCAACACCAUACAGGAGAUUAAAACAGAAGUGAAAACCGAAGACGAGUUUGAGGCUCCAGAGAACAGAGAAAGCACCGAGCAGCCGGAUGCCGCGGGUCUGGCCGAGCAGGUCAAGGUGGAGGAUAAAAACCAGAGCCGUAAGAGGCCACACGAGGACAGCAGGGGCUACAACUACCACUCCCACCGGGACGAGAAGAGAUCUCGAACACCUCAGCCUCCCGCUGAAGACGAGGAGGAGAGCAUAGACGACUCACUGGUAACGAUUGAUACGUACAAUUGUGAUCUGCACUUCAAAGUGUCCAGAGAUCGUUACAGCGGCUACCCGCUGACCAUCGAAGGCUUCGCUUACCUGUGGGCUGGAGCGAGAGCCUCUCAUGGCGUCUCUCAGGGUCGCGUUUGUUAUGAGAUGAAGAUAAACGAAGAAAUCCCCGUGAAGCACUUGCCCAGCAGCGAACCCGACCCCCACGUGGUCCGAAUCGGGUGGUCCCUCAACUACUGCAGCACUCAGCUCG